GCACAACAACACACACGCUCACUUACGCACACACACGACGACGACGACGCGCGCACAAUAACCCAGCGCGCGACCUCACGACCUGUUGUAUCACCCCGGGGCUGCGGCAACACCCACGCGAGCGGACCGAGCGCCAGUAGCAGCGACUGCGGCUUGAUUCUGUCCCUCGCCACCGCUCGCGCGCAAUAGAUUCGCGCAGACCAACCAGACCAGACCAGACCAGACUGAGCUCUUGCAUCAUCAUCGACACUCCAUCAUGACGGACCAGGGAUACGCCUCGUCGGGCUCGGGCAGCGGGCGCGUGUCGGGUGGCGAGGGGAGCGACCGGAAUGCCAUCGUGCUCAAGGUCGGCAUGGUGGGCGACUCCCAGAUCGGCAAGACAUCGCUCAUGGUCAAAUAUGUCGAGGGGAGCUUUGACGAGGACUAUAUCCAGACACUCGGCGUCAACUUUAUGGAGAAGACCAUCAGUAUCCGGAACACGGAGAUUACCUUCUCUAUAUGGGACCUCGGCGGACAGCGCGAGUUCGUGUCCAUGCUGCCGCUCGUUUCAAACGACGCCGUGGCCAUCCUGUUCAUGUUCGACCUGACGCGGAAAGCGACGCUCAACAGCGUCAAGGAGUGGUACCGCCAGGCGCGGGGUUUCAACAAGACCGCCAUCCCAGUGCUCAUCGGCACAAAGUAUGACCUGUUUGCCAGCCUGCCGCGCGAGGAGCAGGAGGAGGUGACCAAGCAGGCCAAGCGCUUCUCCAAGGCAAUGCACGCGCCACUGAUCUUCUGCUCUACAUCCCACUCGAUCAACGUCCAGAAGAUCUUCAAGAUCGUGCUCGCCAAGGCCUUUGAUCUCAAGUGUGUUAUUCCCGAGAUUGACCAGGUCGGCGAGCCCAUCCUCCUCUACGUCGACGUCUAGUCUGCGACUACUACGUCUUUUUACUGCCCGUCUGCGGACUCUUCGCACUACCCACCACCCCAUUAUGAGAGACAUGAUGCAUUGCUUCCGACCAGCGAUGGACGGCAGGCAUGUUGACACAGG